GAUCUUUCUUCAGCAGGCUCCUCUAUUUAAGCUCUAUAUUCUGCCUUUGCUCUACUUUCUUAACUGUUCUCUCUUUGAAAUCUCCUCCUCCAUACCAGCUGCUUGCUGUUUUCUUCUUUCUUUCUUUCUUUCUUUGUGCAUAUAUUUAUAGGUUCUUGUAGAGGAUUUUAAGUUGUUGGUUGAUCUUGUGAUGUUAAUGGAAGGUGCUGUUGUGGUGAACAAAGGAGAAGAUCUUAUCGAUCUACCUCCUGGUUUUCGGUUCCAUCCCACUGAUGAAGAGAUCAUAACUCAUUAUCUUACACAGAAGGUGAUGAAUAGCUGUUUCAGUGCAUGUGCUAUUGGUGAAGUUGAUCUUAAUAAGUGUGAACCGUGGGAUUUGCCCAAUAAAGCAAAGAUGGGAGAGAAAGAAUGGUACUUCUUUUGCCAGAGAGAUCGGAAGUAUCCAACUGGUAUGAGAACUAAUCGAGCUACAGAGGCCGGCUAUUGGAAGGCGACCGGAAAAGAUAAGGAGAUUUACAAGGGAAAAAACUGCCUUGUUGGGAUGAAAAAGACCCUUGUUUUCUACAGAGGAAGAGCUCCUAAAGGAGAGAAAACCAAUUGGGUCAUGCAUGAAUAUAGACUUGAAGGCAAAUUCUCUUACUACAACCUUCCUAAAGCUUCAAAGGAUGAAUGGGUUGUGUGUAGGGUUUUCCACAAGAGCACAGGGAUUAAGAAAACUUCAAUUCAAGACCUCUUAAGGGUGAACUCUUUUGGCGAUGAAUUCUUGGAUUAUUCAUCACUCCCACCUCUCAUGGAUCCUCCUCAGUCUAGCAGGCCUGGCUCCCUCAGCUUCAACGAUGAAGACGAUAAAUUCAAGGCAAUGACAUCGACAUCAUUUGAUGGAAAUUACUCUCCCCACUUGUCCACAACCAUGGUUAACAAUAAUCAAAACUAUCUUCAUCAGCAUCAGCUUCCAAAUUCCAGCUACCAAACACCAAGUUCCAUUUUUUACACUCAAAUCCCAGCCUCAAACCCUCUUUUCACCUUCCAGACCAAUCCAAAUAUGUCUAGCUACUUCCCAAACUCUAGCUUUGGUGCUAAUGACCAAAUCCUUUUAAGAGCACUGGCUGCAAAUUCUGAAACAUCUGUGCAGCAAGAGAAACACUGCAAGGUUGAACAAUUUUCAUCUAACCAAUCUGUGGCCACCCUCUCACAAGACACUGGUCUGAGCACUGACGUGAACAACACCGCCGAGAUAUCAUCGGUGGUGUCGAAGCAAGAAAUGGGAAGCAACAAGGUGUACGAUGGUCUUGAAGGUCCAUCAUCAGUUGGCCCCAUUGGAGAUUUGGAGAGCUUGUGGGAUUACUAAUCAUGGAUGGUGAAUAUAUCCUGAGUGCUGCCUGUUCUAUAAGAUUCUUAGGAAUAUAUGUGAUGAUUUGAAACAGUCUUCUCUCCACUAGCUAGGUAAUUUGAUUAUAGUUAAUUUUAAAAGGUUCUUGGCUUCAAAAAUUAAUACUUUUGUAUAGAUUAUAGGUUAAAAAUUCCAUGUGUUUAAGCCUUUUUCAGAUUUCAUUUUUAGUGAGAUACAGAGGGAAAGAUACCGUGAAUAUAUAUAUAUAGUUCAUGUACAUUUAUUCUUUUAUAUUAGUGCAUUUUAUUC